AUGACCGAACUCAACGUGACCGUGAACGGUAUCAGCAUCAACCUGAUAGCCUCUAACGACUCCAGCAUUGCAUACGACGAUACGUGGCAGCUGAUACCUAGGAGCGGCCUCAACAGCAACACUACCAGCGAUGCCGCCUACGCAGGCCAACCCGGCUCCACCCUCUCCUUCGACUUCACAGGAAUCGCGCUCCUCGCAGCGUCGACCCUUCCCGCGACCCUCCCCGCAAAUGCCAACCAGACGCUCCCAAACGUGACCAUCACCCUCGACGACCAGCCGCCCACGCGCGCAUCCGCCGCGCGCACCGCCGGCGACGCCUUCUUCUCCGCGGGGCCCAUCUCUGCCGGGGCGCACAAGCUCUCCAUCACCGUCGACGACGCGUCCCCCGAAUUCCCCUUCAUCCUUGAUGUCCUCGCGUACUUCCCAGUGCAAGACGUCGCACAAGCCUACAACGCAAGCUCGUCCGCAAGCAUCGACGCCGCCUCUGGGGCCGACGCGGCGAAGCAGCAGCAGAUCCAGAAUCUUAUCAACCAGCUCAAAGUCGCACAGCAGAAGGAGCGCGGGCCGCCGGUCGCGGCCAUCGUCGGUGGGACCAUUGGUGGUGUCGUCCUGCUCUCCCUCAUCUCCUACGCGGUUUGGUACCUCUACGUUCGCCCACGGCGGAAUGGCGGUAGGGCAUUCUUCUACGCGCCCGCGAAGGCCAGCGACAUGCUAGAGGGCGAGUUCGAUCUGGACUCGGAUCCCUACCCUCUCCUCUCAUCCAAGACAGGUCAGCCGCGUUCCCCCUCACUAGACUCGUUCCCCACCGGGCGGAGUUCUGCGCACGCGCCAAGCCUGUCUUAG